GUAUGGCAUCUUGGAGGUUGUCAAAUCCAUCAACUGCCCCUGGUAUGUUCAGAUAAUUAAUUGAAAAUAAAUAUUGCAUUACAAUAUCAUUGGUUAUUACAAUAUAUAGAACAUGCCAAUAGUUUGAAUUAUGCAUUUACUUUGUAGAUUCAUAUGUUUACUCUUACAGAAUAUUAGUAAGGUCAACCCUGUCUGAAUUAACAGUUUCUUUAAGAUGCCAUUAAAGAGGCGAGGGCUACAAAUUUUAUAGAUUAUAGUGGUAAAACAUACGGUAACAGGCUACUGUAGGUGGUUGUUUCUGUCUGAGAAAACUUAGUGGUACUCUGUUUCCCUGCCAGUCUGUGGGAGGCGUAGGGGGCUCAGGAGACCUCUCUCCAUGGCCAGAGACUCACUGAAAGUACUGAGGAGGGGGAGAGAGGGGAGAGGGAAGCGUGGGACUCCGGCUUGCCCCUGCCCACCAGGAGCCUCUGAGCCAACAGAGCGGAGAGACUCUCCCCAGCCACAGUGCAGGAGAGUGGACGCCAACUCUGUGAGAAGGCGCAGGCCUCCAGUAAUCGGCUCUAGAGAUGGGAUGAAACACUUUCCCCGUAAGAGGCUGGAGGCCGACUCUGUGAGGAGGUGCAGGUCUCCGUGCGGAAGAAGGAGAAACUCUCCCCAAGGCAGGAGGUUAGACAACCCUAUCAGGAGACGCAGGUCCCAGAUCGAGAGGGACCAAUCUCCUGGGAGCUGCAGAGAGAGGGAGGGAGUGAGUGAUGAGAGUAAGGAAGAAGAGGAAGGUAACAGCAGCAGUUCUGGCUCUGCCAGUGAGAGUGAGACAUCUGGAGAGAGUGAAGGAGAAAGACAGGAGAGAGAAAGUAGAAGAGUGAUGAAGCAGGCUGCUUGUCUGUUUGAAGAGAUAUCAGGGCUGAGGGUCAGGGAGAGUCACACCCAGGAGACAGAGAGUGAGGAGGAACAACAACAACAAGCAUUCCCUUAUUUGUUGAGAGUAAGGACCAACAGAACACCCAACCAUUUACCAAGAGAGAAUGCUAGAGGCCGAGCCAGACCCAAACCAAAACCAAGUAGGAGCGAACCCACCAACAACGACUCUCCCGGCCCAUCCCGAGCCAAGAACCCACGCAUGAGGCCCAACAUGAUCAAACUGAAGUCCAGAGAGAGAGUCAAAGCCAAGGACAUGGGGGAGGAAUCGCUCCUGAGCCGACGCAGAAGUCGAAGUGAGACAUCCAGCAGAAGUCCUUCUUCUCAGAGUGAGACAGUAGGAAGACGGGUCACUCCAGCCUUAACGUACACUUACAGACUAAGGCCCAGAGCCCCAGCUCCAGCUCCACAUAGGCAGGCCGAGCUUGAGAGAGAAGCUGCUGCCAUUAGAGAGAGGGGGAGAAAGAGAAAAGAGGAAACCCUGAGAGGACAGAACGAAGUCCAGGAGGAAGAGGAAGACGAGGAGGAGGAGGAGGAAAAGGAGAGCGCAGCUCUUUCCUGCUCGGGACUGAAGGGAGGGAGAGGAGGGUUGGUGAACAAUGGUAAGGGACUAAACCUGAGAUGGCGUGAUGACAACACCAAACGGAAGAGAAGAAAGAGGGCCAGAGAGGAGGAGGAGAGCAGUGAGGAGUUGGUGGAGAGGGUGUGGUCCAGGGAGGGUUGGAAGAGGAAUAAGAACAAUAGAAACACUAGUCCGGAGAUACCCAUCGUUAUCCACUAUCUAACCCGACAAAGGAGAGGCCAGUUGAAGAACCCACUACCCAACGAUAGAGGAUCGUCCUCUUCUUCUUCAUCCUCAGACUCCAGUAUCUUUAAUCUUGGACCCAACCCCAGUAGCUUUGAGUCUCUCUUCACACUGGGGAGCAUGCUGGGUAAAGGAGGAUGUGGGGCGGUCUACGCCGCCAUGCGCAAAAGUGACGGCCAACAGGUGAAGCUUUUAACAGUUGGUUAAAAGAAUUCUAAUUCUGGUCGUAGUAAGUUAACGGAUAGAUGAAAAUUCUAACGUUUCCUCCUAUCAAUAUUCACAUAACGCAAGAAGUGAAAGCACACUACUAUAUGAAUAUAUCAUGUUGCUUUUACCCCGUC